AUGGCGGUUGAUGGCAUUCGAUCAAGUGUUUAUAGUCCCGACGGGCGUUUCUUUUGUGAAGGUGGUCCACCCAACUGGAUUGUUGUUCAGUUGGCUGAUGUAUUCAGCAUCUAUUAUAUCUUGCUGGUUAAUAGCAACACGGCAGGUAGUAGAUUAUCAAAGUAUAUAGUUGGGCUAAACAGGAGCCUAGGAUCAGUCGUCAACAGAUGGGACUACGACCUCUGCGGACAGUAUCCCAGAGGAACUGAGAAUUCUACGUGGUACAUAACAUUAUGCCAGAGUUACUCAUAUGGACACAGGUAUGUUAUUGUGCAGUCUGCGAGUGAUACUGAUCGAUAUUUAACUCUUUGCGAGCUGGAGGUUUAUGGCCGAUGA